ACUACGAACCAAUCGGCACCGAGCGGUGAGUAGGCCGGUCGCGGCUGCGCGACCCAGCGGAGCCGAGCGGCAUGGCGGGCGGGGCCCGGGAGGUGCUCACGCUGCAGUUGGGCCACUUCUCGGGUUUCGUGGGAGCGCACUGGUGGAACCAGCAGGAUGCUGCGCUGUGCGCCCCGACCGAUGCCAAGGAGCCGCCCGGGGAGCUGUGCCCCGACGUCCUGUACCGGGCCGGCCGGACGCCGCACGGCCAGGAGACCUACACGCCCAGACUCAUCCUCAUGGAUCUGAAGGGAAGUCUGAGCUCCCUAAAACAAGAAGGUGGCCUCUACGGGGACAGACAGCUAGAUGCAGCGAUAGCAUGGCAGGGAAAGCUCACCACACACAAAGAGGAACUCUAUCCCCAAAACCCUUACCUUCAGGACCUUCUGAGUGCGGAGGGAGUGCUGAGUAGUGAUGGUAUCUGGAGGGUCAAAUCCAUUCCCAAUGGCAAAGGUCCCCCACCACUCACCGCUGCUAUAGCCCCCAAACUACUUAUCCCCACAGAGAGCAGCAUCAGGGUUUGGUCAGAUUUCCUCCGCGUCCACCUCCAUCCCCGGAGCAUCUGUAUGAUUCAGAAGUACAACCACGAUGGGGAAGCAGGUCGCCUGGAGGCUUUUGGCCAAGGUGAGAGUAUCCUGAAGGAGCCCAGGUACCUGGAAGAGCUGGAGGACAGACUGCAUUUCUACGUGGAGGAAUGUGACUACCUGCAGGGUUUCCAGAUCCUAUGUGACCUGCACAAUGGCUUCUCUGGGGUAGGCGCAAAGGCCACAGAGUUGCUACAGGACGAGUAUUCAGGGCGGGGCAUAAUAACCUGGGGCCUGCUCCCUGGUCCCUACAGUCUUGGGGAGCCCCAGAAAAACAUCUAUCGUCUGCUGAACACAGCUUUCGGCCUGGUGCACAUGUCUGCUCACAGCUCUCUGGUCUGCCCCUUGUCAUUGGGCGGGAGCCUGGGGCUGCGACCUGAGCCUCCAGUCACCUUCCCUCACCUGCAUUAUGACGCCACUCUGCCCUUCCACUGUGCUGCCAUUCUGGCUACAGCCCUGGACACAGUCACUGUUCCUUACCGCCUACGUUCCUCACCAGUUUCCAUGGUUCAUCUGGCUGAUAUGCUGAACUUCUCUGGAAAAAAGGUGGUGACAGCGGCAGCAACUGUCCCCUUCCCCUUGGUCCCAGGCCAGUCCCUUCCUGAUGCCCUGGUGCAGCUUGGAGGAGCCACGGCAUGGACCCCACUGUCUGCAUGUGGGGAUCCUUCUGGAACACGCUGCUUUGCCCAGUCAGUGGUGCUGAGGGGUCUAGACAGAGCAUGCCACACCAGUCAGCUCGCCCCAGGGACACCUCUGCCUUCGCCACUCCAUGCCUGCAGCACUGGGGAAGACGUCUUGGCCCAGUACUUACAGCAGCAGCAGCCCAGAGUCAGGAGCUCUGCCCACCUGCUGCUGGCACCCUGCAAGGUGGCUCCUCCGUACCCCUGCCUCUUCUCCCCAAGCCUCAGCCGGCACGGUUUGGUUCUGGAUGGCCCGCCAUCUGGGGCAGGUACGUGGGCGGCGAACGUACAGGGGAGAUGUCACUCUAUGCCUGCCCAGAGGAAGGCACUGAAGUCCACAGGUAAACAUCCCUUUAUUCACUUGAUGGCUCCCGAGGGGAGUGGCCUUCCUCUGGAGCACUGGCCUGCCAAGGAGACAGCACACAGAAUUCACGGGGUUCAUGCCCCAGCCAGGUCUGUCUGGGCAGCAGAGCCCAAGGUAGGAACACCACUGGCAGGCUCCCCUUUCUCUCCCUCCAUAGCCGUGGAGAGCAUCCCAGUGCUUGGGGCCCUCUGCUCCUCUUCCACCUUGAGCCGGACCCUCGGAGACUUGGCUAGAGAUCUCAGCAAACUGGAUGUGCGGCGCUGGGCCAGCUUCAUGGAUGCCGGAGUGGAGCAGGGAGACGUGGACGAGGCGUUGCAGGAGCUGGGCAGUCUGGCCCAGUGCUACCAGGGUGGGGACGGGCUCGUGGACUAAGGUUUUCCCAUCGAAGGAAAGAGCUGGUUUACAAUAAACACGCGGGUGCAGGA